GAGCAGAUCAGCAUCCCAGAGCUGUCAACACAUCAUUUAUUUCACGGGCUCACUUUUGUCACCUCUCUGAUCCUUCAUCCUUCCCAACACGUGGGAAGCCUCCGAAGACAACAUGCUCCCUAAGAGUCUCGGGGCUCUUCUCGUUGGCGCCUCGGGCGUCAGCGCCAUGCUGAGAUUCUCCUGCUCUCAGCUCGUCAUUAACCGUCUCGACCCUCUCGUCCAACCCGGUGCCAAUCCAUCCGGCCAUGUGCACCAGAUCGUCGGCGGUAACUCCUUCGAUGUUACCAUGGACAUGUCCCAUGACCUCGUGGCCAGAAGCACUUGCACGACUUGCACCUUCAGCGAGAACUUCUCGAACUACUGGACCGCGAACAUGUACUUCCGGGCCCGCAACGGGACUCUGAUCCGUGUGCCUCAGUUUGCCAACCAGUUCCUCGAGGGUGCCGACGGCGGCAUGACCAUCUAUUAUAUCGACCCUUAUGACGGUAGCAGUGUCACCGCUUUUGCACCUGGCUUCCGUAUGCUUGUCGGCAACCCCUUCCUCCGAGAGGACCGGAAUACCCUAGACCAGCAGCAGUCCAGCUUCCGGUGCUUUGACGCCAACUUUGGAGGUGAAAGCGGCGCACCGGGCACCGGCACCGACACAAGACACUUCCCUACCAGGCCUUGCCCGGGCGGUAUCCGUACCAACCUCUUCUUCCCCACGUGCUGGGAUGGUGUCAACCUCGAUACCCCCGACCAUAAGAGCCACGUCGCCUAUCCCGUCGGCGGCACUUUCGAGAUGGGCGCGCCCUGCCCCGCCAGCCACCCAGUCAAGCUUCCCCAGCUCUUCUUCGAGAUCAUGUGGGACACCCGCCCAUUCAAUAACCUGGCCGAGUGGCCCGAGGACGGCUCGCAGCCCUUCGUCUUCAGCUUUGGUGACGUGACCGGAUACGGCCAGCACGGCGACUACAUGUUCGGCUGGCGGGGUGAUGCCCUGCAGCGUGCCAUGGAUGCUCGUUGCAACGUCCUCUGCCCUCAGCUUCAGGAGCAGUCCGCCGCUGCCGCCAACCAGUGCAAGCUCCCCAGCUUUGUCAACGAGGACAUCAACGGACCUUUCGCCGCUCUUCCCGGCGACAACCCCAUCUCGGGAGAAUCUCCUGGCAGUGGCAACGGCGGCAACCCGAGUCCCGGCCCGAGCCCUGGUCCCAGCCCCGGUCCCAGCCCUGGCCCUUCGCCCCCUCCUCCUUCUGGCGCCCUUGCCGACCGGUGGGAACAGUGCGGCGGCAACGGCUGGAAUGGUCCGACCCAUUGCGUUGCUCCUUGGACCUGCCAGAGGCAGAACGACUGGUACUCCCAGUGCCUCUAGAGUCUAAGCGAAGUCAGCACUCAGGACAAAUCCCGACUCUUCGGCCAGUCUCGGAUUGCGAGACCGAGACAUGUCAAUUACAGGGCCGUAGAGAAUGUCGGGGAUUUCGUACAAGUGGAGGAUGGGGUGUGGGUGCAGUUUGUACCUUGGCUUUUUCCACUCCUAUCUUUUACUUCCUCGCCCCCCUAUUUCGACAACUGGCCGCUUCGGAUACGGCCACUUUACUUCAGUAUUGCACCCUCGCUUUAGUACACCUUUUAGAUAGCUGUGCCUACCUUACCGGCUACAACAAUAGCAGACACGUACU